AUGCACUCUGAGAGGGAUAGACCGCACUUAGGGUGGCCCGAAUCAGAGGCGGCGGAUGAGAAACCUAGGGUUUGCGGAGGAGGAGAAUCCACCGAGUCGGCUCAGGGCGAGUCGGACUCCGCCGCCUUGAACAAGACGUUGUCUUUGAUUAGGCUGGUUGGAUUGCCGUCGAUUUCCAUGAAUAGGGCUGCUACUGUGUGUGAGCUGAGAAUAACCGUGUACUGUUACAUGUCCAUCUGUCAGUGGCAGCCAUCAGAGGUCAUUAGGUCUUUAACCCAGUUUAGUCUUCUGUCAAUGCCCUCCAGAAGUGGGACAGGUUUGCCAAUGUGA